CUGCCUCAACAGUUUAGAAAAGGCAGAGUUCAAGCCUUCAGCUCUUCCACCCUUCUAAGGGCCGUCUGUCACCACCACCAAGGCCAUGAUGUCUUCAGGGACCAUCUGCAGUCUGCUACUCCUUGGCGUGCUCUGGAUGGACGUGGCCAUGGCAGGCUCCAGCUUCCUGAGCCCAGAGCACCAGAAAACCCAGCAGAGAAAGGAAUCCAAGAAGCCACCAGCCAAACUGCAGCCACGAGCUCUGGAAGGCUGGCUCCACCCAGAUGGCAGAGGACAGGCAGAAGGGGCAGAGGAUGAGCUGGAGAUCAGGUUCAAUGCUCCCUUCGACGUUGGCAUCAAGCUGUCAGGAGCUCAGUACCAGCAGCAUGGCCGGGCCCUGGGAAAGUUUCUCCAGGACAUCCUUUGGGAAGAGGUCAAAGAGGAGGCAACUGACAAGUGACCACUGACAUGACUGGUCUACUGUGCUUUCCUCCGGUCUUAGCCUCCUGUGUAACUCCCAGACUCUCCUAUUACCUUAAGAAUAAAUGUUCAAGCUGUGUGCCAAA